ACCGACAUGGAUCUCAUCUCUUCGAGGCGACCAAGGUGCGCACUGCGUUGUGACACCCUCGGCAAUACCGGACGUCGCGUACGGAUCGGCAUCGGUUGACCAGCGCGUGAAGAACCAUUCGGUCUCAGCGGCCUGUCGUUAAAAGCCGCAGGUUCUUCUGGUGAAACGAGACACGUGUUGCAGAAGUUCGCAACGAUAAUAAUGUCCCACAUGUUUACUCGCGAUGACGUCGCGAGUUGGUGCCGAGUGCAGCAAUUCGAUUUUCAACCCCGAUAGAUAAUAGCGUUUUCGGUAAACUGAACGAGUCCUGAUCGAUCCGAGAACGACUGAAGAUAUCGUAAGCACAGAGCUUAUGAUGUCAUCGAUCGCUGCUGGAUCGGUGAAAAUCCGCUCAGUCGAAAACGCUACAAACUGCACUAGAUUGCGCUGUCUGCUGCACUUGCAAUAAAGUAGAUACAUGCUCGACAUUCGGUGGGAGAGAGAAGAAAAUAGAAAGAAAACAGAAAGACUGUAAGUUUUUUUCUAAAGUGCAGCUAUGAGGAAGAAAACUAUUGACUUUAAAGUGUUCGGUCAUACAAGGGGUGUAUGACGCUAUUAAGUAGCUAGUUGCAGCUAUUAAGUAGCUAAUGUUUUGAGAAUGAGGUCUAAAUGUCGCGUUCAACGUUAUGUACCCAUGGACAAAUUUUCGUUGCAAAAGUCGAAAUAGAAGUGACGUCAUUCCCACAUCAACAGAAAAGAAAAAUUUCGAGAAGACAUGCGUACAACGAGACGUUGGUGAGACGAGGCAAGAGUUAGUGUGUUGUAGCUGGAAAGUGCAAACGGCAAUCAAUAUAACAACUAAUGAGCAAACAACUAAUGAGAGAGAUUAAUUAAUUUAUUAGAGUUAUAUCAGUAAGAGUUAAUAAAAGUAAAAUAAGUGCAGGCGCGCGGAAUUGGUGAUGAAAAAAAGACUUAGGAUGGAGCCGAAGUGUUCUGGCACGCGAUGAAAAAUCAAAUGCGCCGACCACUUUCGCUUUCCUACAGACAAAAAAAGAAAAAGAGCUGUGAAAAAGAAAUCACAGCUUUCAUCAGAACGAUCUAAAAAUCAAAUUACUAAUCGCUAAUCGUGAAUCGUUCAUCGGCGAAACAAGAAUCAAGUAAUGACCAUCAGCAAUGACAAUCUACAACAACCAGGUUGCUGCUCUUCCAAGUCCCCGGGUUGAAAUACCGACGUACUCCCCGACCAAAUUCCCACGAGCCCGUCUUGCCAACCCCCGCGAACCUUCACUUCGUACUCUUCUCGCACGAUCCACCCUCGUAUGCAGAGCUUUUUGCAUGCAAGUCGGAGGCGGUCGCUACGGCGAGCCUCGUUUGUUUGCUCACUUAUCGUCUGUAAGGCCGGUGGGACCCGGGGGUGGGGGCCGUGGAGGAAGCGGUGGCGGUGGAUCGGAGCAAGGCAGCAUCACCGCGCCCGCAUGAAACGCAUCGGCUACGGUGACGACGAUGAUCGGGCAUCGCCGGCCAGGAUUGGUCAGGGCCUCGAGUAUGGGGGCGGCUUGGUCGGCGCGACGUCGAAAAUAUAAGCCUGUGUGAGUGGCGGCUGAUUAACCAGAGUCCGGGACGGAGUAGUGGCGCGAGAGUGGUGUCCCGAUAGUGAGAAGAGAGGACACAUUCAGGGAGAAAGCGAGCGGAUGCGUACGGAGAGUCGGCUCUCCGCGGCUCGUACAGGCGGAAAGGUGGUGUAAAGCGGCAGGUCGUAAGUCGUAGUCGUUCCCGUCGUCGUUGUUGUCGUCGUCGUCGUCGCCGUCGUCGUCGUCGAUUCGGUCGGUCUCCCAAGGUCCUGUCCGAUCAGCGAGCCCAACGAACGCGUCGGUAUCACGCGAGUUAACGCUGCUUAAAACUAAUCAAAAUUAAUCACAAGCUGGGCAACAAUUGAUCGCAAUUGCUGCGGACUCCAAGUCUUCGUCGUCGUGGUCACGGUGUGCGUAUGAGCGGGCAAUCGGCGACUCGUUUCUUCCUUCUUCUCGCAACAAGGGCGGCUCCACCGGAAAGCGGGAAGAGCCGCUGAGGCAACGUGCUCGAUCAUGAGACGUGCGGAACAGUCGGAGGGUACCGUUGCUCUUGGAUUUUAAUUUAAUCGAGGCAGUCGACAGCUUGUAAUCAAAAUCCAUUUUCGAUCGGCGGACGUUAGUUGAUGGAGGCAGCGAAGAGGAAGAAGAGAUUUCACGAUAGAUUACUUUAUGAACGUAGCAAACGAUGGACUCUGUGAUGCUCGCAAUUGCGUUUCGGAUUAAUUUCGGUUAAUUGGGAUCUUCGAUUACCUGCAAUUCAAAUCAACUGUCAUCGCUGAUGAAUAUUAUCAAGGUUACCGUUCAGUGGCGAGUUCAUCAAUAUGGUUUAUCGUUUAUACCCACUUAAGAAGACUCCACGUCGGACUGCUUGAUUAAGCCACACAUUUCUUCGGUUUUCUGUUUUCGGACAAGGAGACGUCGCGUUCUUCAUCAAUUCAGAACAGUUCAUCCGACAGGUCGAUUUUAAGACAACUUGUAUUAACAGAGACCCCCGAGUGAACCUGAAGUCAUGAUUUCAUGGAAGACACCUUCGCGCAAAGCUCUUCGGAAAGAACCAGUUGUCAAAGGCAGUGCGGGUCAGCCUGAAACGUCAUAACCAACUUGCAGCUCGAUCCUCUCGAGAAGUUCCGCCUCGAAUUAGACAAAAAAGUUUCAUAAUUAUAUUUCGCCUGCAACCAAAGGGCACCUUGAAUUUCAGCAGCGUCGAAGAAGAUCGCUCGUGAAGAUGGACGGCGCUCCUUUCGACGAUCCGAUUUUCUCAGACUUUGGUGCGCGCGGUGGCAGUGGUGUCCACAGCAUCCAAGUGAUGUUGGGUCUGCACGGCGGCCAUCACGGUGGCGAUCUGAUGCCGAGCGGCGGCCACAUCCACAAGCUGGAUUCACCAAACAGUCCGUCGGCGCAUCAUCAACAUCACCAGCUGCAGCAGCAACAGCAACAGCAACAAAAGGAGCUGAAGGAGCUCGAGUUGUCCGGCAUGUACGCACCUAUGGCGCAGACCCAGGACGUCACGACAUCCACUACGUCUGGUAGUGUCACGCCGACCUCGACGACGCUGCAACAGGGUCUGCAGCUGGGCAACGCGCUCGGCAAGAGGAAGCCAGACGAUCCCAUCAACGCGCUUGCUCCCGUCAGCAGCGAGGCACAGCCGGCCAAGAAAGAUUCGAAAAAGAAGACUGACAGUAAUAAUAUUAAGAAGAAGAAAACGAGAACAACCUUCACGUCUUUCCAACUGGAGGAAUUGGAGAGGGCUUUCGAGCGGGCGCCUUACCCGGACGUAUUCGCGCGUGACGAGCUCGCGAUGAGGCUCUCCCUGUCGGAGACGCGCGUGCAGGUGUGGUUUCAGAACCGUCGUGCCAAAUGGAGGAAGAAGGAACCGCCGCGAAAAACCGCAGGCUACAUGGCCGCGGGAUCGGCGAGCCCUGGUCUGUCAGGUUCCUUUACGUCUUUAAACAACACCCUGAAUCCAUUCGCGUCGCCGACCACGGCAACAGCACCGCCAGAUGCGUGGCCGUACUCCCCCGCGUACGACCUGGCGCCGCACUUGAAUCUGCUGAGCCCGUCCAAUUCACCGUACUCGACGUCCACGUUCGGUGGUGGCCCUGGGGGCGGCGGCAACGGCGGCGCUUAUUCUUACGCCGCCAGUAUGCUACCGCAACACGAUGCGGCGACGGCUGCGUUGUUUUCCACUCCAGCAGCGGCCGGGGUGAACGCCAUGCGCGUCCAUCAAGACUACAUGAGCCCGGCCGGCGGCGGCGGUGGCAGUCCGCCACCGCCGCCGGGUCCAGGGCCGCUUACCCGCGCCGACUACCAGACGAUGGUAACGACGCAUUCGCCGCCGGGCCAUCACCUCGGCAACUCAGGCAUGUCCGAGGACGAGCAUGGCAGCGGAUGCCUCGCCGACAAGUACGCGCAAGAGCAGACCGACUACGGCCAACAGCAGCAGCAGCAGUCGCAGCAGCCGACGGAUCAGAAACCUGACUACGGCAUGCACUCGCCGCAGACGCGUCAAGCAAUGAAGGAGCACCAAGUCAUGGUGAAGAGCGAGCCGAACAAUCAGCAGAGCUACGUGCAGCUGCCUCCUUUUCUGAACUGACUCGCGGCCUCCUGCGCUCUCGAUCACUUCUAGGUGAUUACACCGCGUCCAGAUGCGACCUGUCUCCGUCGGUGUCUCGCGAGCGCGACGAGUAUUAGAGUCCAUGGUACGCGGGCUCCAAAAUUGACAUCUUAUUUCUGAUUUCGUAACCGUUAUCGUAACAGAGACGCAGGUGGCUCUGCCGAGAAGUUAGUCGCAAUUGCUUCUCUUCUGACUUUAUCGACGUACAAGUAACUUCUUCGCAAAGAGCUUCCAGAGAUGACUUUGGACUCUGACUAUUGCAGCUCUUUCCAAAUCGAACGGUCGACGAGUUAUCUCUGCACCACGCCUUAAUGCGAUACCGCUGGAACAAUAUGAGUAAUGAGUAGUGAGGGAUGAAUCAAUUUGAGCUUGAAUGUUAAGGGAUUUAUAUAUAUGGUCGUUCUCGUGAGCAAUCGCGAAGAAUCGAGCGAGUUCUGUUCCCGGACAAAGGCGACAUCAUGUUUGAUAUAUAAGGACGUCGUAUAGAGAAAGAGUGUGAAUGUGUGUGUGUGUGUGUGUGUGUGUGAGAAAGAGAGAGAAUAUAAAAUAUCUUUAUUUUAUUUAACAGGAGAUCGAGAAAGUUGUAUCUUUACUGCUGUUAUUUCUUAUACUGAAGCGCACGAUUGAAACUAGGACAUGAUCAUAUUCGCGGCCAUUUUUUAUAAUUACGGACGGUUGGUCGCCGUUUUACUUCUUUCUGGAGAUUUCUUGAAUCGAAGCGCUAGCAAGACAUGAAUGCGCCGAGUCAUACGAUGCGAAUCAUGAGGAAAACGAAGUAACAGUUGUCCUUCACGUGUUUGGUUCGAUACCGAAAGCGGCGAGCUCAAUUUACUCGCAUCUUCGUCGCAAUAAUCGAGGAGUGACGGUGUCCUAAAGUUUAUAUUCAGCUAAUGAUGAAAUGUCGCGCGCUCGAGAAAAAAGAUGGGAAAAAUGUAUCAUUACAGAUCAUUAGCGAUCCAAUUUGACGAUAUUUACGUGCCUUCGACGAAUGAUUAACGCCUUCACGCAGUGCCUUUGUAUAAGAGAUGUGAACUUUAAUCAGAAUAAUUUUGCUUUGUAUCGCGGUAUACUCGAUUUCUAUGUGAGAAUAAUUUGUAAUAAAUGAAUGAGUGAUAAAACCAACUUGAUGUACAAGCGUUCUUUAUUUCCGUGCGCAAAUCGAUCAGUUGCGCUGAUUCUCCGUGAUAUUAACCAGCAUGAUCGACAGGAUCGUUUAGGGCAUAUAAUGCUCGCGAUAGCGAGCUAUUCGUCACUUUUACGAAGUCAAUGAAGUUUUUGUAAAUUAAAAUAUAUAAAUUUCUUCAUUUAUAUUCUCUUUCUACAAAAUGUAAUUUUUCAGCGUUAUUAGCUUUUCGAUUUACAACAAAUUUACGAUGUUUAUGUACAUUAUAUAUUUCAUUAUAUCGUCGUUACAGGUACCUCGUUCUUGUUACAUUAGCGUCAACUUUGUUAGUAAUCUUAACACUGGAAUCAU